GACUGGAACACCUGGACCAUCUUCUGCUUCUUUCCUGGGCCAUUAGCAAGGAGCUAGAUGGGAUGCUGGUGUAGGCGAUGGAUUAACUUGUGACACUGCUAUGCUGUGUGAGCCCCAACAUAUCAUGUUAAUCUUCCUGCCUUUCUUAUUGUCACUUCUGAGUAUCGCCUAUUCUCACGCUAUUUUAACCAAAAGUAAAGGUUAGCUUUUUGUCUGUUAGUAUGAGACAAAUAGUACCAAACUUUGGAGGUGUUUAGAAGCCAGCCAAGGCAAAAAAUCAGGGAUACUUAUGCUAAGGCCUUUGGGUCUGUUAAUCAAGCUCAGAAUUAAAGUUUCUUUUUCAGAAGGCUCUACUGGCUAAUGGUGACGACAGAUGUGACUCUAGCAUGACAGAGUGGAGAGGUUCAAUGUCAUACAUCUCUACAGUAGAUAAAAAAGGCUGUUUUUACUGGAAAGGGAACAUGACGAAUUUGGGGUCUUCAAAUCUGUUCUACAAUGUAUCUAGUUUGAAUAUUUCUUGAAAAAAAAUUCUCUAUGUUGGUAAUGGGAAUAAGGCCAAUGUGCUGAUCUGAAUGACUUGACCAUAUAAAAGUAACUAUGGAUAAACUCAGUUAGACUCGACGCUGGAUUAGCUGCCUGGAGAGAAGUUGGAUCUGACUGAUGAGGAUGAUAAUACAGUUAACUUGCUUGUUACUUUUGGUGAGUUUCGUGCUUUUGAUAUAAGGAAGGUAGGAAGCAGCUACAUGAAGGUUUAGGGGGAAAUCGGUUUUUAAGAAUCUACUUAUCUUAUGUGUGGAUAUAGAAAUUAAGAGUUAGCUGUAAGGUUUAGUAUUGGAUUUUUACUUCUCUCUUUAGCAUGUUGAAAGAGACUUGGGUAUUCCAGAGGCUCAGAAAGGCUACUGGUGUGGUUCUUUGUUGACCCUAGGGUUAUAAGGAAUUUUCUGAGGUGGUUGGGUCCCCUGUGUCCUCUCAAUAUAUUAUAGCUUCUGAGUGUAGCCUAGGAGGGCCUGCUGCUGGGUAACUGUGUGCAGCCUCCAACUUGGUCCUGUGCCUAAGAUCUUUCUCUUGGCCUGUCCUCCAUCUCCCGGAGCUAUCGUUGUCUUCAAGCUACAGAUGCAUAUGUUGAAUGGGGCUCUGCUGGCACUGCUGUUUCCUGUGGUAAACACCCGGCUGCUCCCCUUUGAAUUGGAGAUCUACUACAUUCAGCAUGUUAUGCUCUACGUGGUGCCCAUCUAUCUGCUUUGGAAAGGAGGUGCUUACACCCCAGAGCCCCUCAGCAGUUUCCGGUGGGCUCUUCUCUCAACUGGCCUCAUGUUCUUUUAUCACUUCAGCAUCUUGCAGAUCCUCGGCUUGGUCACCGAAGUGAAUUUGAACAACAUGCUGUGUCCGGCCAUCUCAGACCCAUUCUACGGCCCCUGGUAUCGCGUCUGGGCCUCGGGACACCAGACUCUCAUGACCAUGACCCACGGGAAGCUGGUUAUCCUGUUCUCAUACAUGGCUGGGCCCUUGUGUAAAUAUCUGCUGGAUUUGCUCCGGCUUCCAGCCAAGAAAAUAGACUGAAGGUGCUUGUUAUUAUUUUUUUUCUCCCCAUAGAAGCAAGUCUUGGCUUGCCUUGGAGAACACCCAGUUCUUGAUGAAAUCAUGGGAGAGGGCAGUAGGCUAUUUGGUGUAUUUUUACCCCCAAUUCCCCAUCCUUUAAUUCCUCCACUUUUCCCUCCCCAGCUCUUCCCCCCGGUUGUCUCUUUGGGCCUGAAGCACAUUGGCAUUUUCCUCCUCCCUGUUGGUUCUUUCCCCUGCUCCUAGUGGCCUUAUGUGGCAAGGUGGUGGUCAGCAGCUCCUUCUUUCUGCUUGUUGGUGCUUUCACUUCAGCUGCCUGAGGAGACAGGGAGCAACACGCAGACAUUUUUGUGGUAUCAAAGUGCUACAAGUAGGUUGUGUUUCAUUUUUUUUCCACUGCCAGGGACCCCCAUGCUUAUGCUGGGGUCCCCUUUUGUCUCCUACACAGACCUCACAGUUAAGGGGGACCGAGGCCUUGUUUCCAUACCAGCGGCAAUCCCGGAGCUGAGGGAUUUCCCAGUUCAUGGGCAAUAUAGAACUGGCCAGAUUCUUCCCCCUAAUGUCCCAUGACUCAAAGCACGAAGCCAACCAGCCUAUGCCUUCAGGAUGCUGUGGAAGAAGGGAAGCAGUGUAUUCCCCCAAGGCAGCUGAGGAGAACCUUGCAAUGACAAAUCCAAAGGGUAGGGGGUUAAAAUUGUAGCCAGGACUAGUCAGGGCCCUGUGUAGAUUCUGCCCAUGAGAGCUGAGAACCAGCCCAUAUCACAAUCAGUAGUGAACAUAGAAAUAAAUGAAUUGAAGUGGUGAUUUGAGAAAACUGUGAUUUGAACCAUGCACUCCAUUCUAGCUUGACAUUGCUAAUAAAUUUUGUCAUUUCAUCUCAAUCUUGAGUACCCCUUCUCUGUGUUCUUGUUCUCUGUUCAAAGCAGCUUCAUAGAAGAAUGAGCUACAGAUGAGGUGCUUGGGGGCUUGGAAUUUUCCUUUUGGACUACUCGAAAUUGGAGACUCCUUGCAUUGGGGUCCCUGCUGGCAGGGUCCCUGUAGAUCCAUUUCUUGGUUUGAUAGGGGAUGUCAAACCUGGUUUUGGGGAAAGUACAGCUCCUGCCUGUGUUGUUUCCUUUGGGCCAGAUUUUUUUCAUGCACCAAGACUCAGUGCUGACUUGCUUAAGAUAGGCGACAUCACAUGCUCCACACCCAGAGCCUGUGUCCAGGUUACAUCAAGGAAUGAGAUCCCCACUGAGAGAGGCUGAAGCACUCCAGAAGGAAGGGCUCUUGUGAAAAGACCUAUGUUCAGCCAUGUGUGGCCCUUGGGAGAAGAGGCAAUGACUGGGCAUUUGCUGACUCUUCAUUGACUUCUACCAGAAACAGGCUUGCUUAAGGACAGAAAAGAUCAGACACUUCCAUCCCUUCUCCGACUCUAGG